GGCAUGUGGCUUGUAACUUUACUCCUGCUGUACUCUCUCCAAGAAGCUAGGCCUGAGGAUGUGGGCUCCACCAGGCUGUACUUUGUGAAUGCCUCCCUGCAGAGGGUAACCUACUCCAGCUCGGUGGGGGUGUCCCUGCCCUGUCCAGCAGGGGGCACCCCCAGUGCCAUACUGCGCUGGUACCUGGCCACCGGCGAUGACAUCUACGACGUGCCCCACAUCCGACACGUGCACGCCAAUGGCACCCUACAACUGUACCCCUUCUCGCCCUCCGCCUACAACAGCUACAUCCACGACAACGACUACUUCUGCACUGCCGAAAACCAAGCCGGCAAAAUCCGCAGCCCCAACAUCCGCAUCAAAGCUGUUUUCAGGGAGCCCUACACGGUGCGGGUGGCGGACCAGCGCUCGAUGCGGGGGAACGUAGCUGUGUUCAAGUGCCUCAUCCCCGCCGCCGUGCAGGAGUACGUCAGCGUUGUGUCCUGGGAGAGAGACACCGUUUCCAUCGUCCCAGGCAACAGGUUCUCGCUGACCUCCUUCGGGGCUCUUUACAUCUCUGAUGUCCAGAAGGAGGAUGCCCUCUCCACAUACCGGUGCAUCACCAAACAUAAGUACAGCGGAGAGACGCGUCAAAGCAAUGGAGCCAGGCUCUCUGUAAUGGACCCCAACGAGUCCUCACCCACCAUCCUGGACAGCUUCCAAGCAGGGGAGGUGUACGCAGGCCAGAGUAUCGAGCUCCCCUGCAUAGCGGGAGGUUACCCCAGCCCCACUGUGCGCUGGCUGAAAGACGGUCGCCCGCUGCCCUCAGAUGCCCGCUGGACACGGCGUUUGACAGGGCUGACCAUCAGCGACCUGAGGCAGGAGGACAGCGGCAGCUACGCGUGCGAGGUCACCAACAGUUUUGGCUCAAAGGAGGUGUCUGGACAGCUUCACGUUAUAGAUCCACUACGAGUGACCUUGUCCCCCAAGAAUCUGAAAACCGGCAUCAGCAGCACACUGUUCUUCACCUGCACCGUGGAGGGCUCCCCAGAAUACACCAUCACCUGGUACAGCAACACAGAGCCCAUCGUCCCCGACCAGCACAUCUCCAUCCAGGGACAACACAACGACACCCUGCAGAUCACCGCAGCACAGAAGUUCCACUCUGGGGCUUAUCAGUGCUUCGCCUCCCGAAAGGGCCACACUGCUCAGGACUUUUCCAUUAUUCUGCUAGAGGAUGGUACUCCUCGUAUUGUGUCUUCCUUCAGCGAGCGGGUGGUCAACCCCGGUGAGCCUUUCUCCCUCAUGUGUGCAGCCAAAGGAGCCCCGCCCCCCUCCAUCACCUGGACGCUGGACGACGAGCCCGUGGUGCGCGACUCCACCUACAAGACCAGCCAGUACACCCUGUCAGACGGCCUGACCGUGUCACACGUCAACGUCAGCAGCCCGCUCAUUCGAGAUGGGGGAGUGUAUCGCUGCGUCGCACGCAACUCGGCCGGUAGCGCCGAGUACCAAGCGCGCAUAAACGUAAGAGGUCCACCUCGAAUCAGACCCAUGCGGGACAUCACCGCAGUGGCAGGCAGGAACACCUACAUAACGUGCCGUGUGAUUGGCUACCCGUAUUACUCCAUCAAGUGGCUGAAGGACGGCAUGCAGCUGCCUGAUAAUCAUCGUCAAGUGGUGUUUGAGAACGGCACCCUGAGGCUGACGGACGUGCAGAAGGGCGCAGACGAGGGCACCUACUUGUGUAGCGUUCUGAUCCAACCCCAGGUGUCAAUCAACCAGACCGUCCAUGUCACUGUUAAAGUGCCACCCCUCAUCCAGCCCUUUGAUAUCCCCUCUACCUCAGUGGGGAAGCUCAUGUACAUCGCCUGUGUGGUGUCAUCUGGGGACAUGCCCAUACGCAUCACCUGGCACAAAGACGGCCAGCUCAUCGUGCCAGGCUCCGCCUCUGGCGUCGCAAUAGAGACCAAAGAGUUCAUGAGCUCCCUCCAAAUCUCCAAGGUGACACUGAAGCACAACGGAAACUACACCUGCAUUGCCAGCAACGCCGCCGCCACUGUCAGCUGGGAGAGACAGUUGAUUGUUACUGUGCCGCCACGUUUCGUGGUGCAGCCCAACAAUCAGGACUGCAUCUACGGCAAAGCUGGAGUUCUCAACUGCUCCGUGGAGGGUUACCCACCUCCAAAAGUCAUGUGGAAGCAUGCCAAAGGUGUGGGAAACCCUCAGCAGUAUCACCCAGUCCCUCUAACUGGCCGUAUCCAGAUCAUGUCAAACGGCUCUCUGCUCAUCCGACAUGUGCUCGAGGACGACCGGGGGUACUACCUCUGUCAGGCCUCCAACGGCGUGGGCUCAGACAUCAGUAAGAGCAUGAUCCUCACUGUCAAGAUUCCUGCCAUGAUCACCAGCCACCCGAACACCACCAUGGCGAGGAAGGGCCAGACCAAGGAGCUGAACUGCACAGCACGGGGCGAGCAGCCCAUCAUCAUCCGCUGGGAGAGAGGAGACACCGUCAUCGAUGCCGAGAGAAACCCCCGUUACUCCAUCACCAUCAACAAGAAGGGGGACGAAGUCAUCUCUACCCUUAAGCUGAACCCGGCCGAGCGAGGAGAUUCUGUCUUCUUCUCCUGCCAUGCCAUCAACUCCUACGGAGAGGGUCGAGGGCUCAUUCAGCUCACUGUGCAAGAACCACCAGAUCCCCCUGAGCUGGAAGUGAGGGAGGUGAAGGACAGGAGCAUGAACCUGCGCUGGAUCCAAAGGUUCGAUGGAAACAGCAUCAUCACCAGCUAUGAUAUCGAGUACAAGAACAAGUCAGACUCCUGGGAUCACAUGUACACAACCAGGAACAUCUCACCCACCAACAACCAGGCCAACAUUGUGGAGUUGCACCCGGCCUGUGUUUACAGCAUCCGCAUGUACUCCUACAACAAGAUCGGCCGCAGCCUUCCCAGCAAAGAGCUCACAAUCAGUACAGAGGAAGCACCGCCUGACGGGCCGCCGAUGGAUGUAAUCCUUCAACCGAUGACAUCUCAGAGCAUACGGGUUACAUGGAGGGCUCCUAAGAAGGAGCUGCAGAACGGGGUAAUCCGAGGCUACCAGAUUGGUUACAGAGAGAACGGUCCAGGCAGCAACGGCCAGUACAGCAUAGUGGAGAUGAAAGCUACAGGGGACAGUGAAGUGUACACCUUGGACAACCUAAAGAAGUUUGCCCAGUAUGGGGUAGUGGUCCAGGCCUUCAACAGAGCUGGGACAGGUCCAUCCAGUACUGAGAUCAACGCCACCACACUGGAAGAUGUGCCCAGCGAGCCUCCGCAGAACGUGCGAGCCAUCUCUGUGACGUCGGACGAGGCGGUGAUCACAUGGGCAGAGCCUCCACGGCUGACACUGCACGGUGUGCUGAAAGGCUACCGGGUUGUGUUUUGGUCCCUCUUCCCUGACGGAGAAUGGGGAGAGAUGCAGAAUAUCACCACCACACGUGAACAGGUGGAGCUGCGAGGACUGGAGAAAUUCACCAACUACAGUGUGCAGGUGCUGGCCUACACACAAGCUGGAGAUGGGGUCCGCAGCAACGUCCUGUAUAUCCAGACCCGCGAAGACCUUCCUGGUCCACCAGCUGGCAUCAAGGCAGUCCCCUCCUCUCCGAGUAGCGUGGUUGUGUCCUGGUUGCCGCCUCACAAACCAAACGGUGUCAUCCGCAAGUACACCAUCUACUGCUCCAGUCCAGGGUCUGGCCAGCCGGCGCCCAGUGAGUACGAGGCCAACCCGGAGAUGCUCUUCUACCGUAUCACGCACCUUUCCCGUGGUAAACAAUACCACAUCUGGGCUGCAGCCGUGACAACCGCGGGCCGAGGCAACAUCAGCUCAAAGGUCACAGUGGAGCCUGCUGGGAAAGUCCCAGCUAAGAUCCUGUCCUUUGGAGGCACUGUGACCACACCCUGGAUGAAGGAAGUGCGUCUGCCCUGCAGCUCAGUGGGAGAACCCGCCCCCACAAUUAAAUGGACCAAAGACAGUGAGGACUCUGCCAUUCCAGUGACAGCUGACAGCCAGCGGCAGAUCUUAUCUAACGGCACGCUGGUGCUACGUUCAGUGAAAGCAGAGGACUCUGGGUACUACACCUGUACGGCCACUAACACUCUGGGCUUUGACACCAUCAUAGUCAAUCUGGUGGUGCAAGUUCCUCCUGAUCAACCUCGUCUGACCGUCUCCACUACCUCCACCUCCUCCAUCACCCUGGCCUGGAUACCUGGGGACAAUGGGGGAAGCUCCAUCAGAGGAUUUGUGCUGCAGUAUUCUGUGGACAACACGGAGGAAUGGAGGGACGUGUUCAUCAGCUCCAGUGAACGUUCCUUCAGGUUGGACAAUCUGCGCUGUGGAACCUGGUACAAGGUCAAGUUGGCGGCCAAAAACAGCGUCGGCUCAGGGCGCAUCAGUGAGAUCAUUGAGGCCAAGACGCAUGGAAGAGAACCAGUGUUCAAUAAGGAUCAGCCGCUGCUCACCCACAUCAACUCCACCCACGCAGGGCUUAACCUGCAGGGCUGGACCAGCGGCGGCUGCCCCAUCACUGACCUCAUGCUGGACUUCAGGCCCAAAGGUACCUGGGCCUGGCAGAGCCUCAAGGCCAACUCUACCACUCAGCUCUUCCUCAGCGAGCUGCGUGAGGCCACCUGGUACGAGCUCAAAAUGAAGGCCUGCAACAGCGCCGGGUGCGGCAACCAAAGCUCCCAGUUUGCCACCACCGACUACGAUGGCAGUACAAUCCCUCCCAUUAAAUCAGCUCGUGGAGAAGGGGAUGAUGUGAAAAAGCUGUUCUCCAUUGGCUCCCCCGUCAUCCUGGUUACUCUGGGUGUUGCUUUGCUCUUCAUUAUCCGCAAGAAACGUAAGGAGAAGAGGCUUAAACGACUUAGAGAUGCUAAGAGCCUCGCUGAGAUGCUUAUCAGCAAGAACAAUCGCAGUAUAGACACUCCAGUUAAGGGUCCUCCUCAAGGACCAAGGCUCCACAUCGACAUCCCACGUGUUCAGCUACUCAUUGAGGACAAGGAAGGCAUCAAGCAGAUAGGGGAGGAUAAGGCAGCGGUGCCAGUGACGGACACAGAGUUCAGCCAAUCGGUGAAUCCGCAGAACUUCUGUACGGGCGUGUCUCUGCACCACCAAGCCCUCAUCCAGAAUUCAGGGCCUUUGAUUGACAUGUCAGACAUCCGCCCAGGCACGAAUCCCGUCUCCAGGAAGAGUAUAAAGUCAGCCCACAGCUCCCGGAACAGAUACUCCAGCCAGUGGACGCUGAGCCGGCCGAGUCAGAGCCAGUCGACGGCCUCGGCGCGAACUCUGACCUCUGACUGGCGGACGAUGGGCUCGCAUGGCAUCACUGCCACUGAGAGUGACAGCUACAGCGCCAGCCUCUCGCAGGACACAGAUAAGGGUCGCAACAGCAUGGUGUCGACAGAGAGCGCCUCCUCCACCUAUGAGGAGCUGGCGAGGGCCUACGAGCACGCUAAGCUGGAGGAGCACCUGCAGCAUGCCAAGUUCACCAUCACAGAGUGCUUCAUCUCCGACAGCUCGUCUGACCAAAUGACCACAGGCACCAAUGAUCCGGCAGACAGCAUGACCUCGCUCAGCACGCCGUCUGAACCGGGCAUCUGCCGCUUCACUGCCUCACCACCCAAACCGCAGGACUACGACCGCGGUAAAAAUGUGGCUGUGCCCAUUCCCCACCGCGCGAACAAAAGCGAAUUCUGCAACUUACCCCUCUACAUGAAGACGGACCCAUUCUUCCGCAAGCAAGGGGAGCUGCACGACCCGUGCCCAGCUGUGCCGCCGCGGGAAGCCUCGAUCCGCAGCCUGACGCAGCGGGCGUAUCACACCCAGGGCCGUCACAAGACUCUAGACCCUGCCAAGCAGCAGGCCCUGACGCUGGGCCACUCUGGGCUGGGCAGCUUGGGCGCGAGCUCGGGCACUGCCACCUUGCCCCAGAGGACUCUCACCAUGCCCAGCUCCAACGCUGCAGCGACAGCUUCCACUUCCAGCACGAGCAGCAACCCCACCAACAGUAACAAGGUGGGCGGCUCAAGAGACUCGCUGCUAGAGAGCAGCUCCUCUGCACUGGGGAGACUGCAGAAACAGAGUGUGGGGGCCUACUCCAAGUCAUACACACUGGUGUAG